GUGAGAACUCUGGUAAAGAGAAGAUUGUUUUGACUUCUGCCCAGUCUAUUAUCGAACCACUGACGCAUAAUAUUUGGGUAAUUUUGGUGCUGUUUGGAAAAAGCCGGACACUUUUAUCAGCUGCCGUAGGACACGUUAUAUCAAGACCAACGGGGAAUUUGUGUGCGCGAAAAGAGGUUACCUGUCCCAUCCUGGCUGCUGCGUCUCAGGUCUUCCUUGAAAAUCGCCGAGGCUUAAGGCAGAACUGAUUACACAGCACGUCCGAGGCCAGUAUCGAGUGCCCAAAAUGAGACGGCUGUUUGUAUGCGUUGGCGUGCUGCUGGCUUUAGUGGCUGUCAUGGAAGCGAGGCCCAAAACAGCUGAAGAUAAAAAGUGUAAAUCUGGCCCGGUUGACCUCGUCUUUAUCAUUGACGGCUCCCGUAGCGUCCGUCCUCAUGAAUUUGAGACAAUGCGCAAAUUCAUGAUCGACAUCAUUCAUGAGUUGGACGUCAGCCUGGACACUACCCGUGUUGGCGUUGUGCAAUACUCCAGCCAAGUCCAAAAUGUCUUUUCCCUCAAAGACUUCACAACCCACGAGCAGAUGGUUAAAGCCAUUAACAAGAUUAUCCCAUUGGCUCAAGGCACGAUGACCGGACUGGCGAUUCGUUAUGCCAUGAACAUAGCCUUCUCCAAUGCGGAGGGAGCCCGGGCCAAUGUCCCUCACGUCGCCAUCAUUGUGACUGACGGUCGACCCCAGGACCGCGUGGCUGAAGUGGCAGCUGCUGCCAGAGAGUCUGGGAUCGAGAUCUAUGCCGUGGGUGUGGCCAGAGCGGACAUGACAUCCCUGAGAGCCAUGGCGUCCCCACCCUUUGAAGACCAUGUGUUCCUUGUGGAGUCCUUUGAUCUGAUUCACCAGUUUGGAAUCCAGUUUCAAGACAAGCUUUGCAAAAUAGAUAUUUGUAUUGAGUCAGACCAUGGCUGUGAUCAUAUCUGUGAGAGCUCUCCUGGCUUCUACCAUUGUCUCUGCCUGCCAGGGUACACACUGAACGAGGAUGAAAAGACUUGCACACCCAUAGAUCUGUGCACUGAGGGGAAACAUGACUGUGAGCAGAUCUGUGUUAGCUCUCCUGGUUCUUUCACCUGUGAAUGCAAUACUGCCUAUACACUCAAUGAAGACAAGAAGUCCUGCACAAUGAUUGACUACUGCUCAUUUGGGAAUGAUAGCUGUGAGCACAAGUGUGUCAGCAUCCUAAACGGUUUUAAUUGUCAAUGCAAGGAGGGAUACACACUCAAUGAUGAUAAAAGGACCUGCACAAUGAUCGACUACUGUUCAUUUGGAAAUGAUAGCUGUGAGCACGAAUGUGUGAGUGUGCUUCAAAGCUUUUAUUGCCUCUGCAAUGAAGGAUACGCACUCAACGAAGAUGAAACAACUUGUACAAUGAUUGACUACUGUUCAUUUGGGAAUGAUAGCUGUGAACAUGAGUGUGUGAGUGUCCUCAAUGGCUUUUACUGCCGUUGUAAUGAAGGAUAUAUACUCAAUGAAGAUGAGAAGACCUGCUCAAUGAUUGACUACUGCUCAUUUGGGAAUGAUAGCUGUGAGCACGAGUGUGUGAGUGUCCUCAAUGGCUUUUAUUGCCACUGUAAUGAGGGAUACUCUCUCAAUGAAGAUAAGAGGACCUGCACAAUUAUUGACUACUGUUCAUUUGGAAAUGAUAGCUGUGAGCACGAGUGUGUGAGUGUCCUCAAUGGCUUUUAUUGCCACUGUAAUGACGGAUACUCUCUCAAUGAAAAUGGCAGGACCUGCUCAAUGAUUGACUACUGCUCAUUUGGGAAUGAUAGUUGUGAGCACGAAUGUGUGAGUGUCCUCAAUGGCUUUUACUGCAGCUGUAAUGAGGGAUAUGCUCUCAAUGAAGAUGAGAGGACCUGCACAAUGAUUGACUACUGCUUAUUUGGGAAUGAUAGCUGUGAGCAGGAGUGUGUGAGUGUCCUCAAUGGCUUUUACUGUCGCUGUAAUGAAGGAUACUCUCUCAAUGAAGAUGAACGGACCUGCACAAUGAUUGACUACUGCACAUUUGGGAAUGAUAGCUGUGAGCACGAGUGUGUGAGUGUCCUCAAUGGCUUUUAUUGCCGCUGUUAUGAAGGAUACUCUGUCAAUGAGGAUGAACGGACCUGCACAAUGAUUGACUUCUGUUCAUUUGGGAAUGACAGCUGUGAGCACAAGUGUGUGAGUGUCCUCAAUGGCAUUUACUGCAGCUGUAAUGGUGGAUACACACUCAAUGAUGAUAAGAAGACCUGCACAAUGAUUGACUAUUGUUCAUUUGGGAAUCACAGUUGUGAUCAUGAAUGUGUCAGUGUACUCAAUGGAUUUUACUGCCAUUGCAAUGAAGGAUACACACUCCAGGAAGACGGAAAGACCUGCCAAGCCGACAACUUGUGCAAUGUAAUAGAACAUGGUUGUGAGUACCAGUGUGUGAGUACUCCAGGGUCGUAUCACUGUAUCUGCCCGGAUGGUCAUCUUCUACAGGAGGAUGGAAGUAGCUGUGGAAGCUGCAGAUCAUCCAAUAUUGACCUUGUCCUCGUGAUUGAUGGUUCGAAAAGCGUACGGCCCCAGAACUUUGAGCUCGUCAAGCAGUUUGUCAACCAGGUCGUGGAACGACUCGAUGUCUCUGCUCGUGGGACACGCGUGGGUCUCAUUCAGUACUCCAGCCGGGUGAGGACUGAGUUCCCGCUCAGCAUGUACCAGACCAAGGAUGAGAUCAAGGCAGCUGUGAUGAAGGUGGAGUACAUGGAGAAGGGGACCAUGACGGGGCUGGCCCUCAAGCACAUGGUGGAAAACAGCUUCUCUGAGGCCGAGGGUGCCCGUGCUGCCUCAAAGAACAUCCCCCGGGUUGGGUUGGUGUUUACCGAUGGACGUUCUCAGGAUGACAUUACAGAGUGGGCCAAAAAGGCAAAGGAUGCAGGCAUCACCAUGUAUGCUGUUGGCGUGGGCAAAGCGGUAGAGGAUGAGCUGAGGGAGAUUGCCUCUGAACCUGUGGAGAAGCAUUUCUUUUACACUGCCGAUUUCACUGCCAUCAGCCAGAUCGCAGAGAACCUGAAACUCAAUGUCUGCCCAGAGGAGAGUCAGGGUGAAAUCGAGGUGAAGGACCCCUGUGCAUGUGAAACCCUGGUAGAGUUCCAGCAAGCUACUAUGACCACUCUGAUCCAACUCAACCAGAAAUUGUUAGCAAUGACGACCCGUUUGGAGAAUCUGGAGAAAAACUUUCUCACAAGGAAUUGAAACCUUUUCAUCAUCUGCAAUGAUCCUGGGUUUUAGGGACUGAUCUCUCUUUGGGAAAUAUACAAGUGAUGGCCCUGACUCACCCCGAGAAGAGUUCUACCAAAACCAAUUUUCUGGGUGCUGAACAUGCAAAUGAACUAUACGUAAAUUCAGAGUCACUGUGCAUAUGUGCACUGGCGUUCAGAUAUGCGAAAUCCCAAGGUUGAAUACAGUUGUCAUUGUAACCUAUUUAUAAUUGAUUUGUUUAUUUUUUUAAGAGGGGUAUAUGGCAGAUAUUGUGUCAACAUUUGAUACUGUAGUUAUUGUAUUGGUACCACUCCAAUACCACGCCAGUUAUUGUAUUGGUACCACUCCAGUGUGCUUUCAGUAACUGAACUGAAUGGGCAUAUGCAUGGUGUGGGAUUUUAAACAGAUUUCCAAACAUAAAAUUUUUUGAGAGAUUAGAAACCACAAUAUUGUAGUCAUCAGAUUUAAAAUGAGCUAUAAAUUAUAUACGUCUACUUUUAUUUUUGCAUGGAUAUUGAAGUCAAUGCAAAUUUAACAACAGUUUACAAAACAUGCAGUUAUCACAUGCAUCAAAAGAUAUUUAAUAAGCAAUAUCACUGAGAGGCUCAGUCAUCUACAUUUUGAUAAACUAUGAGUUUUUGCGAUCACUUGAGUGCCCUGAAAGCAUUACCAUGGCUUAUAGUGGACUGCAUACUGAUUGUAGAUUGGAGUUAAAGAAAGAGCAAUCAUGACCAACUACUGGUUUUACAGCCAGUUCUAGGCUAAAUGGGAUUUCCAUUGGAAAAUCCCCAUGAAGCAUUUCCUGGUUGAAAGUGCCUACCUAGAGUAACCUUGACUUAUGUUGUUUUCAGUCAGGUACAAGAAUGCCAUGUUAUGUUUUUUGUAACCUCUGUAUUUGAUACUUGUGCUUUUAUAUAUAUUUUUUCUAAUAAUCAUUUUGUAAUGUUUGAGGACUCUUUAUAUUCUUUCACCAGAAGAAAUUUAAAAAUAAUUUUCAGAGUGACUUUUUUUAUUGUUUUUUAAAUUUUUAUUUUUAUUUUAUUUUAAUUUUUUUUUACCUUAAGCUCUUCUCAAAAUAUGGGUGAUAAUUAAUGCAGAGAUUUAAAAUGGUGCGCUGUCUUUGUCAUUGUGGCCUAUUGUGAGUCAAUCAUAAUUUUGUUUAUGUGACCUUUGGGUGUGGCAUUAUUUGAACUUGAAGUUAUUUUGAACUUAUAGUGGCAAAGUUAAAAGUUAUGAUGCUUAUUGUAAACACACACCACCCUGAUUACUAAUUAUUAACCUUAAUAAACUUUGAUCAACAUCA